UCUAUUUCAAGACGCGACAUGUUGUGGGAGGAGACCCUGCUUGGGCAGAAAGAAGAAUAAUUUUCUACCUGCCGCUUGUCCAAGAACGCUGGAAGUAUCUGCUGAUUCUGAGGGGAAAUCGUAUGGUGCGAACGGGGGCAAAAGAUUCACGACUCCACAGAAGGCUGUAACUCGCGUUGUGCAUCAUGGAGAAGCAACUACAUUUGAAUAUGUUACCAUCAAGACCUCCAAUGCCGGGAGGUUUGCAGUCUGGUUCCAAAAUGCGAAUGGGUCCUGGCCGGAAACGAGACUUCUCCCCCCUGCCUUGGAGUCAGUUCUUUGAAGUGAUGGAGGAUGUGGAGGUGGACAAUGACAACAGCAAAGACACGUUCCGUAUCUACAGCAGUGGUUCUGAGGGUCCCGUACUGCUGCUGCUUCAUGGUGGAGGACACUCCGCCCUCUCCUGGGCCGUCUUCACCGCGGUCAUCAUCAGCAGGAUCCACUGUCGAGUCGUUGCCAUGGAUCUCAGGGGACAUGGUGAUACGAAAGUGAAAAAUUCCGACGAUCUGUCUGCAGAGACCAUGGCCAAGGAUGUUGGUAAAGUGGUGGAAGCACUCUAUGGAGAAUCCCCGCCUCCUAUUAUGAUAAUUGGACACAGUAUGGGCGGGGCUAUAGCGGUUCACACAGCGGCAGCCAAUCACGUCCCAUCCCUGCUAGGCCUCUGUGUCAUUGAUGUGGUGGAAGGAACGGCGAUGGACGCCUUGAACAGUAUGCAGAACUUCCUCAGGAGUCGACCAAAAACCUUCAAGUCUGUGGAGAACGCCAUUGAAUGGAGUGUGAAGAGUGGGCAGAUCAGGAACAUGGAGUCUGCGCGUGUCUCUAUGGUCGGACAGGUGAAAAAGUGUGAGGAGCCCUUGAGUAGUCCAGGCAUCUCCAAGAGCAUCACUGAGGGAAUCAUCGAGGAAGAGGAGGAGGAGGAGGAGGAGGAAGAGGGAGAGACCAACCACAAGAGGAAGAAGGAGGACGACCAAGAGGUGAAGAAGGAGAGUCUGUACACCUGGCGUGUCGAGCUCUCAAAGACGGAGCAAUAUUGGGAGGGCUGGUUUCGCGGCCUCUCCUCUCUCUUCCUUAGCUGCUCCGUGCCAAAACUCCUACUGCUGGCUGGUGUGGACCGGCUGGAUAAAGAUCUCACAAUCGGACAGAUGCAAGGGAAGUUCCAGAUGCAGGUUCUCCCCCAGUGUGGACAUGCGGUACACGAGGACGCCCCAGACAAGGUAGCUGAUGCUCUAGCCACCUUCAUGGUGCGGCACAAGUUCACGUCGUUUAAGGAGGGCUUCCCAUGAUGACCCCAAUGUGGUGUCUGGUCCCUUGCUGCUCUGGAGCUGCCUGACGCACUGAGGCCCUCAGAUGUCAUUCUCCGUUUUGGCCAGCAGGGAGCGCCAGAGCUGCUCCGCAUGGUUGGACGUCUCCGCUGCAAAACCCUCUCAGCUCUUCAUCCUUAAAUUAAAGUUUUUAAGAGUUUUUAUUCAGAGGAGGUUCUUUAAAUUAUCGCCGCCAUUAUUGUCAAGCGUUUUUGUUUUUGUUUAUUUUUUUCAGACAGAAUUGAACCAGAGCUAAAUCACUACGCCUCUUGUGUUGAAAUCGCAGGGAUUGUUUUGUUUUGUUUUUUUAUUCUGCUACUUUGUUUCUCCCUGGGUCUUAGUCCCUGUGUGUCCUGCGAUGCCUUGCCUGCGUCGUCUUCAGUUUGGGGUGAUUGCAGAAUGUUGUGCUUCAUGUGUUGCCCAUGAAUGGUUUUGAUGAAAACAAUAAAUAUGAAAUAUAAUAGGAA